CCUUUUAGAACGCGGUACGGCGGAGUAUCUCGGACUAGAAACGUCGAUUAAACACAUCUACACUAAAUAAACACACGUGUUACUCGCUUUAUGCGAUAUUGUGAGGUGUUGACACUAUAGAACAUAAUAAUAAACAACAGUGCAGUGAACGAACAAAAAGAGCGGGCAAAAUCAGUGCAAGUGACGAUAAAACAUUCUAUUUAUAGAUUGCCUAUGGCGCGAUAAUAUAAUUCGUUGCUACAGCCACUGGCACGCCGUAUUAACUUUCCAUUUGGUAAAAACUAUAUACUCAGUAACACAUAAUUCGUUUGUAAACCGACAUUUUCGCUCUUAUAUUUUUAAGGAAAACAGCGGCAUAAACUUGUUUGACAGCUCACUCACAUAAACAAAAUACACUGAUUGCAGUGCGCAUGUUUGCGUGAACGAGUGAUGUAAAAUUCUUGCGCUUAUCGAUUAGUUAGAUAAUUUCAAGGACUUUGAUACAUCUUAUACGAAUGCAUUAAAACAAUAUAAAACUUUAUUCAAAAUGGAGAUGUCUAUCAAAGAAAAUCCAAUGCCGAGAAGCGAUUCGACGAGUUCGAACCAACUAUUUAUUGCUGAGAAUUUAGAUUUGCCUGACGAUACUUUUCGUAUGAGCUUAGAUUAUUUGUCUGAAAUUGGAGAAAAUGUUACCAUUGGGGGCAGGAACACGUCAAUUGAUGUUAGCGUUAAACACGAUUCUAACACCGCAAAGACACCUUCAAUGCCUAUAACUCCUACAUCUUCGACUCAUAAAUCACCGGUCCUUCAAUGUCCACUUUUACCCCAUGAGAAACAAUUAUGCGAAACACCAAAGCUUCUAGACGAACCAAAAGAUUGUAAACAAAUCAAUCUAUUGAAGCAAUCACUUACAAAAAAAGAAAACGAUGGUUUUGUAAGGCCAUCGCCAGUUGCGGAAGUAAUGUCGCCAGCUAAGAUGCUACAAUUCGAAAUUGACGUUAGAAGUAGCGCAACCCCUACUAUGAAGCGGGCAGCGAUCGACUUCAAUUUCUUCAACGAUAACAAAUUCGAAGAGUACUUCAAAGACGAGAAUAAUUCUAAUGAAAAGGAAACUGGCGUGGCGUACAAAGAGACUACGGUUAUAGUGAAGGCUAGCACCGUUCGACACGAAAUAGGUUACGUUAAUCUUAACGGUGCUUCAAAAGUGGACAUAUCACACUUCGAUCUCCUUAAAGUACUCGGCACUGGAGCGUAUGGCAAAGUGUUCCUAGUAAAGAAGAGGUGUGGAGUGGACGAGGGCAAACUGUACGCGAUGAAAUUGCUCAAGAAAGCGUCGAUUGUACAGAAAUUAAAGACUGCGGAACAUACGAGGACCGAGCGGCAGGUCCUAGAGGCUGUAAGGGCGUGCCCCUUCCUUGUGACAUUGCAUUACGCGUUCCAGACUGAAACAAAACUUCACCUUAUUUUAGAUUACGUGGCUGGUGGUGAACUGUUCACUCAUUUAUAUCAAAGGGAACAUUUUAAUGAAGAUGAAGUUAGGAUAUACAUAGCUGAAAUUAUACUAGCGUUGGAACAAUUACAUAAGCUUGGAAUUAUCUACCGGGAUAUCAAGCUGGAGAAUAUUCUGCUCGACGCGGAAGGUCACAUCGUCCUCACGGAUUUUGGUCUCUCGAAGGAGUUCUGCGGCAACGAGAAGAGGGCGUACAGCUUCUGUGGCACCAUAGAAUAUAUGGCGCCUGAGGUGGUGCGCUGUGGCAGCCAGGGGCACGAUAUUGCCGUGGACUGGUGGUCAGUUGGUGUAUUAACCUAUGAGCUGCUGACAGGCGCCUCUCCCUUCACAGUAGAAGGAGAGAAGAACACACAGCAGGAGAUCACCAAAAGAAUAGUCAAGUGCAGCUACCCGGUGCCUAAUGAUGUCAGUCCUGAGGUCCAGGACUUCAUUAAAAAAUUAUUAGUUAAAGAUCCAAGACGGCGCCUGGGAGGAGGCGAGAGAGAUGCGGAAGAACUAAAAAGACAUGCAUUUUUUAAGACUUUAGAUUGGGAAGCAGCAGCCCGCCGCGAAAUCCCAGCCCCAUUUGUCCCACAAUUGUCUCACGAAGCGGACACGAGUAACUUUGCGGGCGAAUUCACAAGAAUGAGACCCACAUAUUCGCCUGCGCAGGCGCCGAAACAUCAUGAUAAACUGUUUUUAGGUUAUUCGUACGUGGCCCCAAGUAUACUGUUCUCCGAGAACGUGAUAUCAGACCAAAUAUGGAUGCAGGCAACUGGCACCAAACAUGACAAACUCAAAGGAUGGGUCGCCAAGGACUCUCCGUUCUUCCAAAAGUACGCCGUUGACUUGAGCACACCGUUGUUGGGAGAUGGAUCAUACGCAGUCUGUAGGAAAUGCAUUCAUCGACAGACCGCUAAGGAGUACGCUGUUAAGAUAAUCUCGACUCAGAAGAAAGAUGUCAAACAAGAAAUUGAACUUCUGAAGGCCUGUCAAGGAUCGCCCUACAUCAUCACAUUGCACGAGGUUUUUCAAGACUCGGCCUUCACAUACAUAGUAACUGAGUUGGCAACGGGUGGAGAGUUGGCAUCGCAUUUGGGUUCAAUUAGUGAAAAGAUCGCUCGGCGGUUAUUGGCUCAGUUGGCAUUGGCCGUGAAACACAUGCACUCGAGACGUGUAGUACACAGGGAUAUUAAGCCAGAGAAUAUAUUGUUGUCGACGUCUCGUCUCGGCGAAGCGAAGGUGAAAGUUGUUGACUUUGGUUUCGCCCGACGCUUGCCCGACUGCGACGAACGACAGAGGAUGAUGACGCCUUGCUUUAGUUUGCCAUACGCAGCCCCCGAAGUGGUGUCGUGCGCGAGGGGCGUGGCCACGGGCUACGGCGCAGAGUGCGACAUGUGGAGUCUGGGAGUCAUUUUUUACUGCAUGUUAUGCGGCAAAGCGCCCUUCGCCCCCGUGUCCCGCAAGGAACCUGUCACGUCUCUGAUGGACAGGAUUCGAACUGGCACCUUCUCCAUGGAAGGUGGUAUUUGGAGCACAAUAUCGGAAACAAGCGCACGCGCCGUUCGCGGCUUGUUGUGCGUACGCGCAGAAGACCGCAUGACUUGCGGUGAAUUAUUGCAGUUACUGGAUAUUACUGAUCACGAAGAGGAAUUCAUCGGGUUUAAGUUGGCUGACAUGACUAAAGCGGACCUGUACCAACGUCGUAACAAAAAUAAACAACGAAAAUCCAGUUCUUCCGAACCGAGCACAUCUGACACGCAACUGUCCGAUGAGCAGAGAGAGAACUCGCUUCUAGAAACGAUAAACAAUCUCAAAAACAGAAUGAACAAAAACUCCAUAGACAACGACGUAGAACUCAUAAAGGCUAACACCCAGGACACUCCCGUCAACGAGUCCGCGGAACCCACCUUCGAAGAUACCGACGAAGUACCUUCAGUCAAACCCGUAGAGAAAACGUACGCCAAGUCACGUUCGAAGCUCGACGACUACAUCUACAUCGAGAGCAGCCAGGGCCUGGAAGGGACCGAGGUCGCCUUCCCGAAGAGCACUCGGAGGAAAACGUCGCAGUCUCCCGUCCCGAAGAAACGGAGAAAAGUCGAAUCGCCCAAGAAGGAACGCAUGGAGUUACGCAGCGACGCCAAAUCACCAGAGAAACGCGGAAGAGGCCGACCCAAGAAAGUUCCUGAAGAGAAACCCAGGAGCACCAAGGAAUCUAUCGAGAACGACAAAGUACGUGUCACCAGAAAGAGACGGCACGAAGAGAUCACUAAGCCGGUGCUCAGAGAGAAGGGACAGAACGGGCGGCAGAGUAAAAAUAGUAGCGAAGAGACUAGGAAAAUUAUCAAGGCCAAGAGAAAUGCGCCCAAAGCGGAGGAAGAUAACGUCCGGAUGACUAGAGCCAGGCUCAGGAGACUGGCCAUCAGUCUUUCCCUGUCUGAAGUCAAAAGCGUCCUACCCAACCUCUCGAUAGAUUCCAACGACCAGGAAGACGCCGUUGCGAUUAGGAAAACCAAAGGAAAGAGAAGUAACGCUAAAAACAAUAAAACAGAUAGAGACACAAAAAAUAUCAAAAUUAACGCGAAAACCGUAAAAAAAGUUAGCAAAGUGAAAAAUACGACGCGCAAGCGCACGCGGGCGAGUCGUAGGUGAAAUUUUUCGUUUCUAUCUUAAUCAUCUCUCAUCCAGACUUUACCGAUUGAAUUCCAGCGCGUUCAAAAAAUUCCAAAAAAAUCUUAAAAAUAGCAACGCAAUACGGACGCUCGCUCAUCGUUUCUAGUUUAAAGAUUAUUUAUUUAAAACUUUUAAGUUAUUUUAACUCUGCGGACGGUAAAAUGUUUUUUAAAUUUUUAUUUAAUGUUACUAUUACUUUAAGAUACCUUAAUACCACUAGUUAUAGUUCAUUAAUUGUUAUUUUCUCUUCGGAUUAGACAAUUAUUAAUAAAAUUUAGUAUAAGGAAUGUAUUAGGUGAAUUCGAUGUGUGAUCGCGCACUUCACGUAAUGUUAAAUUGGUUAUUUUUAUUUAUAUCCCGGUCCGUGCGUAAUGGGGUAACAUAAACACAUAAACUGGCAACACUGACUCGUUUGCGUGAUGCUUUAUCUUCUCUUGUUUCUCUAAUGUUUCCGUUUCUCGUGUUGUUCAGCGGUGUUUUACCCUGUUGUAUUGGAAAGUUGUUUUAAUUUUAAUAGUAUCACAGCGAUGGUCCUCGGUGUAAUACUAUGAAAAUGAAUUGAAAACUCCUAACAUUUACGAGAUCUCUGAAAUAUCGUUGUAUUUGUAUAUAUUCGUUUGACAUAAUAUUUAGUAUUUAACACGUUUGUAUAUUAUUUGGGGUUUUCUUGAACAAUUGUAUUCAAUCAAUUUUUCUAUUGGCUUCUCGUCUCGUUUAAAUCUUUUUGAAAUUCUUUAAGAAAACCGUUCCUACAGUAACUUCCAUACAUAUGUAUUUUGUGUACGGUGGUAGUGCCAAAGUAUGCUGAAAUUGUUGAUUUCUAGCGAAUACGCGUUUUGUACACUUAUAAUUAUCACAAAUCCACAUAUUUUUUCUUAGAUGAAUUUUUGUUGUAAGCGCUUUUACCAAAAACGUUUGUUUUCAUUGUAAAUAAAUACGUUUGAUUAGUACAAAAGUCGAUAAAAUAUAAACAAUGAUUGUUUAUGUACGCCGUUUCUUCAGUGUGAGGCAUAUCAUUUCGCAUGUUAUGGUUCAUAAAACGUAUUUAAUGUGUUCAGAGCUUAUUUAAAAUUUGUGAUUCAAAUGAAGUAUAUCUGUUUCGAUUUUUAAUAUUUAAACUUGACAGUUUUAUCGUUUGCCACGUCGCCAUAACAGACAACAGACCAAAUGUUCGGUAAUUUGUCUAUUCCGUGAUGACGCAUCGCAAACGAUAAAAUUGUUCUGGAAUGUUGUACGCCAUUUAGAGUUUAGAAAUGUAUUAUCUACGUAUUGAAAGUUUUCAAAAUUAUCAAUAUUGAUUCAUUAAUGUUUAAAGAGCUUUCCUUCAUUAGAGGACACUGUACUGCGUCAUUUUGUGAAUACAUUUCCCUUUGUUAUUUCAUGUGUGAAAUUGAAAACGAAACGUGUUUUAACGUACCAAAUUGAUAACAUACAAUUUUUUCGGAAAUUUUAAAUUUCCAAACGCUUGAUAAGAAAUAAGCUGUCAUUUGAAGUGCACUUAAAUGGAUUGAACCAAAAAAAGAUUAUAUAAUUUUAUAAAGUGUUAGAGGUUAUUGAAGAGUCGGCGAUUUAAUAAUGUGCCGGCUAAAGAUAUUGGAUUGUAAUAAAUAUACCAUUUUAACAAUU